AUUUUCUAUUGUCUGAUUAUUAUACUCAUUUUCUUCAUGUUCUUAGAAAGUAAAGAGUGAAGACCCAAGACUGAGUGGACUUUUUGCAGUCUCUGUUUCUCACAUUUAAUUUUCCCCUCUCUCUCUCUAGAUUUCCGAGCCGCCGACUUGCUAAACCGGUUCUCAUUCUCAUCUCCGGUUCAGAGUUUUCCUUCAUUAACCUUUCCUUAUAACCAAGCAAAACCCAUUUCCUUAAAGUUGACUGACUUUCUCUAUUUUCCAGUGAUUGACUUUUUGGCUAUUUUGGAAUCUGGGUUUUGUUUAUGAGCUAAUUCUAAGUUAUGGGUAUUUGCUAAUUUAGCUUGGUUUGAUCAGAACUAGUAGUUGGGUAUACAAAAGAAAAACGAAAAACGAAAAAAGCAAGAUUGACUGGUAGAUAGAUGCGGCAAAAAGCAAGCAUAUAUCAAGACCCCAAAAAAGCUUGAUAUCAGAAAGUUGUUUUCUUUAACAUAAAUGUUCUAAAGAUUUGCCUUUUCAGCAACCCAAAAAAAAAAAAAAAAAAAAAAAAAAAAAAAAGAAGAAGAGAAAACCCUAGAAGUAAUCAUGCCAGUCGACCCAGAUAACUCAUCAGCCAUGAAUGAUUCUACAGGUUCAGGUGAAGCAAGUGUUUCUUCUUCAGGUAAUCAAACAGUUCCUCAAAACGAAUCAGGCAAGAAAAAACGUAAUCUUCCAGGGAUGCCAGAUCCCAAUGCAGAGGUAAUUGCUUUGUCACCUAAAACUUUGCUGGCGACGAACAGAUUUGUUUGCGAAAUUUGCAGUAAAGGGUUUCAAAGAGACCAGAAUUUGCAGCUUCAUAGAAGAGGUCAUAAUUUGCCAUGGAAGCUGAGGCAAAGAUCAAGUAAUGAGGUGAAGAAAAGAGUAUAUGUUUGCCCUGAAACCACUUGUGUUCAUCAUGAUCCUUCAAGGGCAUUGGGUGAUUUGACUGGAAUUAAAAAACAUUUUUGCCGUAAACAUGGUGAGAAAAAGUGGAGAUGUGAUAAGUGCUCCAAGAAAUAUGCUGUUCAGUCUGAUUUAAAAGCUCAUUCAAAGAUUUGUGGUACCAGAGAGUAUAAAUGUGAUUGUGGCACUUUAUUUUCAAGGAGGGAUAGCUUUAUCACACACAGGGCAUUUUGUGAUGCAUUAGCUCAAGAAAGUGCAAAAGUACUGCCAGAGAAACAUCCUAAUGCCAAUGAGGAGCCGAACAAACGAGUUGUUGCUUCAGCAUCACCACCGUCAACACCGCCAGCGCGAUCACCUGCCACCGAGUCUCAACCACCACCACCACCCCCACCAGCAGCUCUUCUUCCACCGGCAGCUCCAAAGCCUUUAAUAACACCUGCAAUUCCACCGUCAACUUCCGUAAUGUCAUUUGUUUCCUCUGUUCAGAAUCCAGAGUUGCGGGAGAAUCCAAAUCCAAAUUCUGCUGGAACUGCUACCAAACAGGUUAUAGAGGAAACAGCAGCGGUAGCAAGCAGUAGUAGCUCUUGUAGUAAUGUAAGUACUACUAGCAAUAGUGUUUUCGGAAGCUUGUUUGCUUCAUCAACAGCUUCGGGAAGUUUGCCAUCUCAAGCGCCUGGUUUUCCUGAUAUGUUUCGAGCCAUGGCUCCUGAGAUGGCACCACCUUCAUCUACAGAACCAAUAUCUCUCUGCCUAGCAAUGAGUCACGGUUCGUCAAUUUUUAGACAAGCUGGUCAAGAACGGAGGCAAUAUGCUCCAGCACCACAACCAGCCAUGUCAGCAACAGCAUUACUGCAGAAGGCAGCUCAGAUGGGUGCAGCAGCGACCAGCUCAUCGUUGUUGAGGGGCUUUGGCGUUAUGUCCUCCAACGCAUCGUCUUCCAAUGGGCAGCAAGAAUGGAGUGGGAGACCAAUUGAUACCGAUGCAGGUCUUGGCCUUGGACUGCCAUGUGAUGCUGGUUCUGGUCUGAAGGAAUUAAUGUUGGGAACUCCUUCUGUUUUUGGUCCCAAGCAUCCUACUCUUGACCUUCUUGGAUUGGGGAUGGCAGCUAGUGUCGGUCCAACACCUGGAUUAUCUGCCCUAAUAAUGGGAAGUAAUCUCGACAUGGCGACUGCAGCAGGAUCUUUUGGUAGUGGAGAUUUCAGUGGGAAAGACUUGGGAAGAAAUUCAUGAUAUCGACUUCAUCUCUCAGUGAAAGAAUGACCAUACUUGCUCUAGUUGAGAAGGGUCAGCUUUAUAAUGUACAGGACCAUGAAAUUUUAGCUGAUGCAGCAAAACAAAUUGGCAACCAAAGCAGUGCCCGCAGCCCCAAGGACUUGGAGCAUAGCUCUGAGGCAGUUGACACUUUUAAGAUUGUUCUACUGCCUCCUUUGUGUAGGAAAAGGAAAAGGUCCUUUUUUUUGCUGUACAGUAGAUGUAGCUACAUAAACUCCUCUGCUGUUUAUUACAAAUAAAGAUGUUAUGUGAAAAUGUAUAAGUAGUAACGUAUUUAACCAAGGGAGGCUAA